UGCCACCGCCGCUGAGGAGCGCGCGCGAUUUCCAUUAUUAUAUUUUUUUCCUUGUUUCUAUCCCCGUCCGAUUUUAUUCGCCCGCGUCGCGCGACCAGUUCACGUCCGUCGACCGUCCGGUCUCGUCCGCCGAUCGUGUCAUCGUCGUUGCCGUCUUCGUUUGCCGGUCGCGUACGAAAUCGUUCCGCGUUUCUCGAUCGGGAAGUUAUCGUUUUAUUUUUUAUUUUUUAUUUCUAUUACCGGUUUUUUCGUUAUUUCUGACUUUGCCGUGUCCAUCGGCCCUUUACCGUUUGAAAUAAGUGGUGUCCGGUGUCACCGAACGACGGAAUAAAAACGCCUGGCGAACUUUUGACGAAUUACAUUUUGUUUGAAACAAGAAAAUACAAUUUUAAUUAUCAUAGAACUUAGGCCAGUCAUGAGGGAACAACUACGGUUGGAGUCGCUUACGAACUUUCCGCGUACGUCUCGGCCACAGCUGCCACUUCCGUCGUCGUCCGACCGCCACUGCCGCCACUGAUAGCUGGUAUCGUGCAACGCUGUUACCGCAACAUUAACGCGCCCGACGCCCGCACCACCGCCGGCGUCCGACCUGUGACCGCCGCCACCACCACCACCACCACAGAAACAACAACAGUGCUAAGGCACCGCAACAGCAGCCGCACCGACACCGCUGCAAAAGUCACCGCAACCGUAGCCCGACGAUGAAAAUCGCGUCGUACCUUUACCGCCGCAAGUCGGCACUGCUCAAGGGCCUGGUGCUCGGAUGCACCGUCUGGCUGACGGUCACCGUGCUGCUCUUCAUGGAAGACAGGCGCAUCACGCCCGCGUCCAACGACCCGUCCGCGGCCGGCGGCUAUCAGCAACAGCAACCGGUGGCCGCGGCACAACGGCGUCUACCCGACGAUGCGGACGCCGACAACCGAUUGUUGGACGACGAGUUCCCACUGGAGGGCGGCGUCGAACAGCAACCGGCCGCCCCAGUGGUCGUCCAGCAGCAGGCCAGCGGCCGGACGUCGUCGAGACGGUCCCAGGGCGGAGCCGCGGCCGCGGGCCUUCAGAACGGCGAGGGGGUGCUGCCGCAGCCGCACAAUGGUGGCGCGGACGACGAGGGCCGCAAAUCGUACGGCGAAAUGGGCAAACCAGUCGUGUUGCCCGCCAACCUGACGGCCGACGUCAAGAAGCUCGUCGACGAGGGCUGGAAGAACAACGCGUUCAACCAGUACGCCAGUGAUCUCAUAUCGCUGCACAGAACGUUGCCGGAUCCCAGGGACGAAUGGUGCAAAAAACCAGGCAGAUAUUUGGACAACCUACCCCAGACAUCUGUGAUCGUGUGUUUCCACAACGAAGCGUGGUCCGUCUUGCUGCGGACAGUGCAUUCCAUACUAGAUAGAUCGCCAGAACACCUCAUUCGAGAAAUUAUUCUAGUUGACGACUUUUCUGAUAUGCCUCAUCUCAAAACUCAACUUGAAGAGUACUCAGAAAACUAUCCAAAAAUAAAAAUCGUCCGCGCCAAAAAAAGAGAAGGACUUAUACGAGCUAGGCUGAUGGGUGCGAGGUACGCAUCCGCGCCCGUUCUCACUUAUCUCGACUCACAUUGCGAGUGUACUGAAGGAUGGCUAGAACCGCUGCUGGACCGAAUUACGAGGAAUCCGACUACUGUAGUGUGUCCCGUGAUUGACUCGAUCAACGACAAAACGUUCCGUUACCAUUUCCAUAAUGGACCAAUAAGUGUCGGCGGUUUUAGUUGGAAGCUUGUGUUCAAUUGGCAUGUCGUACCAGACAGAGAGAAAAAGCGUCACAAGAACGCCGCAGAACCGGUGUGGUCACCGACGAUGGCCGGUGGUCUGUUUGCCAUUGACAAAAAAUUCUUUGAGCGACUCGGUACUUACGAUAGUGGUUUCGACAUAUGGGGAGGUGAAAACUUAGAACUAUCAUUCAAGACGUGGAUGUGUGGUGGUACAUUGGAGAUAGUGCCGUGUUCGCACGUCGGUCAUAUAUUUAGAAAAAGAUCACCUUACAAAUGGCGAACAGGCGUCAACGUUUUGAAGAAGAACUCCAUCCGUCUAGCCGAAGUGUGGAUGGACGAUUACGCUAAGUACUAUUACGAACGGAUCGGCAACGAUCUGGGUGAUUACGGUGACAUUACGUCUCGCAAAGAACUAAGAAGGAAGUUGAAGUGCAAGUCGUUCAAAUGGUAUUUGGAGAACAUAUACCCAGAACUUUUCAUACCAGGCGACGCUGUAGCGUCUGGAGAGGUGCGCAAUUUAGGAUACGGCAACAAAACUUGUCUGGACUCACCAGCCAGAAAGACCGACCUCAACAAACCGGCUGGACUAUACCCCUGUCACAAAAUGGGUGGCAAUCAGUACUGGAUGCUCAGUAAGAUCGGCGAGAUCAGGAGGGACGAGUCGUGCUUGGACUACGCUGGCAACGAUGUAAUCUUGUAUCCGUGCCACGGGUCUAAGGGUAACCAAUAUUGGAACUACGACCAUAAAACUAAACAGCUACGGCACGGUAGCAGUAGAAAGUGUCUGACCAUCAAUAGCGCCAAAGACAAGCUGCUCAUGGAAGAAUGUGACUUAAUGUUGCCUAAGCAAAUGUGGCAGUUUGAAAACUAUAACGCGACGUUGGCUACCGAGGACAGUCACAUGAGGCAUUAAAGACUUCUAACGAAAAAAUUACAUUAGAAUUACUUCCUAUAUUAUUAUUAUUAUUUUGUUUUUUAUUAAUUUUUUUUUGUUUUGAUCAAAAUUUUACCCAUUACAAAACUUCCACGCUUCGUCGAUGGUAGUUUUGUUUUUACGAUUAUUAUUAACAUGUAUACCUUUGUUCGAACAAAACGAAACGUUGUCGCGCUCAAACAAAUCCAGCGACUUGUAAAUAAUACGCGUUCUUUUUUAUGUAAACUAUAUAUAUAUUGUCAUUUGAAUAAUUAUUAUCUCUAUGUAUUAUAAACUAUACAAUUGUACUUAAACAGUAUUGCGGUUAUACGACGAACAAAACAUUCCCUCGUGACAUUUCUACCUUUUUUUUUUUUAAUUUCGUCCAAAUUAUUUUUUGUUGAUAGGCAAUUUAUGUUGAUUAUUUUUAUUAUUAUUAUUUUCAGUGUAUAUAUAUUAUGUCUGUGUAACGUACAUGUUAUGUUAUGAUAAAUAAUUAUAUUUAUAUUUAUAUAUAAUAUUAUAAGCUCUAUUCGUGUGUACAUCUUUUCAGAAAUCAUGCGAACAAAGAUUAUACGAACGAUCAUUAUACUAUUGUGUAUUACUAUUUGAACAUAUAUAUAAUUAUUCCUUUUAAUUGUUAUUUAUAUUUAAUAAAAAUUGAUAAAAUAUAUUUAAACGACGCCAUCGCGUAUAUUAUACCUAUCUUGAA